AGAAACGUCUAUUAUCAAGAGAUUUCAUGAUAAUAAAAGAAAGAAAAAGAGAUGGACUUUUUUGUUUCGUUUCUUCACUGGUUAGGCCCCGGAGACCCUGCGCCGGAAAAAAACAACGGUACACCGGCUGAGAAGAUGAAGAGGGGUGGAUAACUGGCGGUUGCUGCUGUUGCUGCUGCUCUCACUGCUUUGGCUUUCCUGCUUCCCCCUUGAGCUGAAGCCUAUUCUGGCCCCACCGCCCGCCGUUCACAGAGCGGAUAUCAAAAAAACAUGUUGAGAACGCCGUGCUAAUGGGCAUGGUGGUGAUCGUAGGCGAACAGUGAGUCCAUCUGUAUCCACGCGAGAAGCUUUCUCCUCGAUAAUUGACAUUUCAUUGCACCUCUUGCAGGGUCGCAGUAGUCAUCUUUCAUUGGUGGAAAAUGAGGCUGCAGGGUGCCACUUUCGGGCUAGCGCGGUCGCGCGCCCGCCCACUUUGCUACUACUGUAAGUUCUGGCCGCAGUUAGUUCUCUGUGCUGCCUUUCUGUGUGUUCUUGUCCGGCCUCUCUCAUCCUCUCCCGGAGUUUCUCAGUCAAUCUGUCAGUCCGCCAGUCUGCCCUUCCCUCCCUCCCUCCCUCUCGUCACUCUCACUCACCCUCCUCUUUUCGCCUCUUCUUUUCUCCCCUCCUCUACCCUUUUUAUUCCCGCUUCUUUCUCAACACAAAGUUAUUCCCACACCCCCCCCUCUGACGUUCCCCUAAGGACUCUCGCACGCUCACACGCUUGCCCGCUUCCCCCUCAAGCCUAUCCAUGAAACAGUUGCUCACUCGUCCCCCCUCCUCUGUGGCCUUUCUUCUAUUCAGCAUUCCACCAUAAUUCGUUGUCUUCGUACUCACCCCACUUCGUUCCCGGAGUCCCUAAUUACCAGUCUUCCAGCUCAAUCUCUGCUACUAUCCACCACACACUCGGGGCUUCUCUUAACCAGCUUUUGCUCAGUUUCCUGCUCCCCUCCUUUCCACUCCAUCCCCCUCCUCACCUCCCAUCCCCCAUUCCUCGCCUUCACCUCACUCUCGCCCUUUUCGAGCCAGCAACCAUGGCCUCUCCUCGUCGUUCUUCCCGCGCGCGCUCUGCAGCAAACCCAGUGCCAGUUUCUCACUCAUCUUCCUCCUCCUCAUCGACCUCAUCGAAUCGUGGCCGCCUCCAAAAGCAUCACGACAACGAUUCUCACGCUGACCACGACAUAGGUCACCCCAGACGCGGAGGUCACGGGGAGAUUCCUUUUGAGUCUCAUCUAGAACCCACUGCAGAAGUCAACGGCACAGGCGAGGAAGAGAUUGACGAUGCAGGAUCACAGGAAGACGAAGUCACACGAUGUAUUUGCGGCCAUCAGGAGUACCAGGGCGGUGAUGAUGAUCAAGCUGAUUCGGACGGUCUCUUCAUUCAGUGUGACCAGUGCCAUGUUUGGCAACACGGUUUUUGCGUAGGAAUCACUGACAGUGCGUCUACUCCAGAGAACUACUAUUGUGAGCGAUGUAAACCCGAAUUGCACAAGCAGGGGACCAGUAAAUCUGGGUAAGUUUACCUUUCCAUCCCCUGUGAAGAAGAUUUUCUCUGGGCUGAGGCUUUCAACGAGCCUUGACCACGAGAAAGCACCUGUGGGUUUCUUUUGCUUGAUGGAUUUUAACUAGAUUACAACAGAAUGAGAACCUCACUUUAUUUACCAGUCCACUCAGAGCCAUCGUCACCCAUAAAUAGCAAGGAAAUCCCUCACAAGCGUCGGACCACCAUGAACUCCCGUGAUGCUGAAUAUGAUGAUGCUAUCCUCAAGAAAGUUUUAGAGGAAAGCAAGAACGACAAACUUUCCGGGAGUUCAACACGUGGAACAAGUUCAAGAAGCAGGAAACGAGGCACCAGUGAAGGCUCUGAUGAGUAAGUACAACCUUUGCUCAUUCCAGAUUCGCCCUGGGCAAACAAAACAGCUAACAAUCAUAAGACCGAAACAAGACUCGAAACGACGAAGAACCUCGGAUUCACCAGACUCCCCAACCAAUGGGCCCAUCGAAUCAAGUGACGAAAAGUCUGGGAAAGGAAUCACAGCCCCCUCUUCGACCAAAAAGUCGCGCGGCACCUCCUCUCGCCAUUCGAAUGCAAAUCCAUCCGCUGCAGGAAAACGCACCUCAACUAGAAACAGGAGCGGCGACAAGAAUAAGGAGGCUAGGAAAGAAGGUGCGUGGCUUCACGUCGAGCCCAAAUCGAUUAUCUCCCCCUCGGACACAAUAUUGUCGACGGCUGUUAAGGAAGGGGCAACAUGAUCUGACCAUGAUUUAUCAAAUACAGAAUCGGAGCAUUCCGACGAAUAUCCCCCUCCGCGUUCCAACAAUCGGACAACAAACAAGCCCGUGGUUGAAGAAACUAUCCUCCCCCCACCCGUCAUGGAGACUGCGCCGGAUACUCCCCAACAGCCAGCAAAACGGUCUGCUCGCAAUGGGAACACGAGUGGGCAUGGCGGACGCCGCCGCGGAAACUAUCGCCAUCGCCAGUCAGAAGAUCCAGGUGAUAAUUGUGGAGCUUCUCCUCAUGUCAUGACUCGAGAUCAUUCCUCUGUUGGGGGCAAUCAGGGUUCAAAAUCCAUGGACCACGGCACCAUCAUUGAUAAACCCACCAAGCCGAGAAUCCCACAAGCAAGAAUGAGCAUAAACGAGAUGGGAAGGCGAGUUCGCGGCAUCUCAGACUUCAUCACUCGAACCCAGAUUGAGAUGGCAAACUCGAGAGCAAGUGACAUAUAUGCAUACCUAGCUUGGAUGGAAGAGAAGGGAACACCCAUCAGCAAUGCUACUACGCCGCAAAACCCAGAAACACCGACGUCGUCUUCUUCUGGCGACAAGGCCCUUCCACAAAUCCAAAUCAAUGGCAACGGAACCGGGAAGAUAUUAGAAAAGGCAGCUGAGGCCCUAAGUUCAAACAUCCAACCGGGAGCUCUUGAGAUGAUGGAGCUUUUAUCAAGUAAAAUCAAUCGGUGGCAGCAGCAGUACGGAGAGAAAGUAUAAUCUAGAACCCUUUGUGUCGUUCUCUCAGUCUGGAUUUCCUUUCUCUUUUUUUUUCUUUUUCUUUUGCUGGGUCGGUCCAUUGCUCGGUGUCACGGGGUUUUUAUUAUCUGAAAAUUAAUCGGUUCCUGUUUUGCCCAUUCACGUUACACUCCCUUUCAUUCACAAUAUUUAUUUUUUGCGACACGAAAAAUGGGAUGGAGUCUUUUAUUUGUUUUUACCCAUUCCCUUAGCUCCAUUACUCCAUGGCGUUUUCCUCUUUGUCUCCCUUUCUGGUUGGCGUUCGCGUUUAUUGGAGCCCUCUGUAUCUGGAUCAUGCAUUUCCAGGUUAAUGGAAACCUGCGGUACAAAAGUUAACGGAAGGGGGAACAUUGCACCUUCUUAUAGCUAUAUCUCUUUACAUUUUCUCUCCUGGAAAACUUUCAUUGUGGAUUUUUAUCUCCUUGCCCCCUUUUUCCUCACCCCCUUCGUGUCAAGUUGGUCGGAGAGGCGGGGAGGGGUGCAGUAAAUAUGGGACUCCCUUUUUUGCUUUCUCAUUGUCCGAAAUGGCUUUUUUUUUCCCUCCUUAUAUAUAUGCCCCUCUUUCGCUUUCUCUUAUGUCUUUCCUCUGGACUGGUGUUCUCCAUUUCAUCUCAGUUGACUUGGUUGGGUGGUUUUCGGUUCUUUUGUCAUCUAUGAUCCUUCAUGUUAAAUAAUAUCUUUCUUCCCCAAUCGCGAUUGUCCAAAAUAAAUUAGGAAAUUUUCAAGCUAUAAGUCAUAGCUGCUCUUGUAGUAUCCAGAAAUAACCAAACCAAACCCUUCAAGACCCUCAUCAUCAAUCCAAUCCUAAUUACUAGGUGCGCGGUCAGGUGGGCGGAUAGAAUUUCUCAGUGAAGAAAUGUGGAAAGGGAGAGAGAGAGAGAGAGGAGCUCUGCGGAUCGUUUACCUGGUGUGAGUUGGGGGGCUGGAGCUUGAAAGGGUGAGGAAGGAGGAAAAUAAAGAGAAGAAAGAGUGGGCACAGCUGACCUGAUCGACCGACUGAGUGGGGUGCACAUCGGCACCAAUACAAGUAUGACACUAGGUUAGUAACCUACCCUAAUAUAAAGCUCGCAGCAACCUAUGAUACCGCAUACCGGUGCCACCCAAGAGCAACGGAACUCGAAAUUCUCUGUGAUGAUAAGUCAGGUUACCUCCUGCCACCCAAGCACCGUUAUCACCACCUACCAGUACGAUGCCGCACCGUAUGAUAAUACAUUAAAAAAAAUAAUGGCCGAGAAUUUAGACCAAAACCAAAACUUCCAAGUAUGAUACACGAUACUCACUUGUAAGAUACCGUGGUUCCGAUCCCCCCCCUUCCCUUUCCCGUGGUAUUAGAACCGGCACUGUACGAGUACUGUAUGGUAUCGUGCCAUACCGGUACGGUAAUGUUAUGUGUGACUAGACUAAGUUACCGCCUCCCCGUCGGCCCAGCAACCAGCACACCAGGACAACUUUCCAUUCAUUAGUCAUCAACAAAAAAAAUAGGACCCUCCCCUGAAC